AUUCAUUCUUGGUUUGUGAACAGACUUAGGAAGAAGCAAAAAUGGUUUUCAAAGUUGCCAUCAUUUGCGCUUUUGCCUUUUUAGUACAGAGUAUUGCUGGACAGAAGUGCGGCUGCAGCUGCCAAUCGAUCAGCAUCCCCAGCAGCGGCGGCGACCUGAACAUACAGGCUAUCGGCCCCGUCGUGCCGUCCGGCAUCGCCGUCGCCACGGACCUGGACUUGUCCGGCGACCUGGACCUGUCCGGCGAGCUGCCGUACCUGACCGCGGUGGCGUUCGAGGGCAAGUUCGACACCAGCGGCUCGGCGCCGGUGUGCUACGGCUGCGGGGACUGCGUCGCCAUCACGCAGCAGAUCGGCGGCUCCAGCGGAUGCGGAUGCGGCAAACGCUAAGCCUCAUUAUUGUAUAAAAUACUGUAUAAACAUGCAAAUAUAAAAUGCAUUUCUCAUUGCUUAUAAA